AUGUGCGCCGUCCUGUUCGCCACUUACGCGAUCUUCGAAUCGUGGAAGACGUACAGCGAGAGUUCGAUUGAUACGGUGGUUGAGACGACAUUUUUAAGCUACGCCGACAUAGCGUUUCCGAUGCUGGUGAUAUGUGAUAGCUCGAGGGUGGACUGGACACGGGUUAUGGGAUUGACCGAACGAGACUUGCCGGGAAUUGAUCCAAACUUGUUGCCUGUCGUGAGAAAAUUGUUGAAAACGUUCUCGGUGAUAACGUAUGGAGAUUUCGACGAUUUUGACGUGCUAUUGAACGUAACAGAACUCCCCAAGAUUAACCAUCUAAACCUCACCGAACUAUUACUGAAGGAAUAG